ACCUUACAAAGCUAUAACAACGACACAAGGUCAACCAGAUAACCCUUCAAGAAGCUCGGAUUCCUACUAUUGCGCUUCAUUCCUUGCCGGUCAAAUUAGCUGUUGUAUUUGAUCUUAUGAACUGUUCACCUCCUUCAAUCUGAUGACGCCUGUCGCCGCCUCAGCUCCAUCUCUCCCUUCCUUCAUCAAGAUGGAGGAUAGGAAGAGGGCAGCUGGCCAGAGCAAUGAUGACCUCGCACCACCUACCAAAAGGCAAGCCGUUAAUGGUUCUGGUAAAGCAUCUUCCGAUUCCGAUAAUACUGCGCCAUGGUCUGAAGACAUCGAGGUAUGUAGUCUGUCUCAUGACUUAUCUCCUUUCGCAUGAGUGUUUUUCAUCAAUAUUCUUUCGAAUUCUCUCAUCUAUCAACGUCAUAUGAAGAGCCCAGGAAUUGCUCUUGAAAUCUAUGUGGCUGUUGCUAAUGCGCAGCUUGCUGUGAACAGCAUGGAUAGCCUGCAAACCUUCACGCCCCUACUCGUACUCCCACAACAUAUCGCAUCAAUGUAGUCAAUACACCUUCCCUUUCUCGAACAAAUAAUAAACUGGUUGGAAUGGCAGGCUGAUAUGUCACGUUAUAGAAAUACCAAAAAGACGCGAUCUAUAGACAAAUGCUCGAGUACAAACGAGAAAAGGCAACUUUGGAGUCCCAAUUGAAAAAUAUACAAAAGAAAUCCACAGAUCAUGAUGAUCAUUUGAGAAUUAUCGAUGCUUGGUGGACACAGGUAUGAUAGGACCCUUAUCAGUCAGCAAGAGCACGAGAUUGAUAAUGGGUAACAGUUAUUAGAAGAAGUCACUCUCCUCGCGGAAAAUGAUAUUCCAAACACAGAAAAGAGUGAACGUAGGUUUUUCACACGCGGGAGUAUGGAUUUAAGGCUGACGUAUUACAGCACCAUUCCCAACUUCCUUACAAUUUCAUGGUAUCAAAGGCUUCUCAGAUCACUUAGCGUCUAAAGGAAGAGAAAUAAAGUCGAAAUUACAUACAAUAUUUACCAAUGUUGCUGCUGCUCGUGGCAAACCCUCCUCGGACUUACAAGACCUCCAAUCAAAGGUUACUAAAAUGUUGGCUUCCCAAAAAGAAUACCUCGUCACAGUAGACAGGCUAAGAAACGAAAAAGAAGAAUUAAAUGAGCGUCUCGAAUCGGCCUCACUACGUUACAUUAAAGCCGAAAAACGUUUAGAUAGGUUGAGGAGUGAUACAGUGCGAAAGGAAGAGGCGAAAGCAUUAUUCCAUAGUACAGCUAAUAGCGUCAAAGCCGAAAAUGGCAUGGACACCGAAAUGACAAAUGGCAUAGCGGAAGAUAAGGAAGCUAAUCAAACAGCAUACAAAGAGGCACAAGCAGUUGUUGAGAAGCAAAAAGAACAACUUGAAGCAAUGGCUGCUGAAAACAAAUCACUCACAGAGCAAAUCACUUCAGCCAGUAUUAAACAGGUUCCUUCAGACGACGACUAUGCUCGAACUGAGCUAUUCAAACAAUUUCGUAUUCAACACGAAGACGUCAUCAAACGUAUCAAUCACCUUGAAGCUACUAACAUACAGUUGCGAGAGGAGGCAGAAAAACUGCAAGCGGAACGGACUGCAUACCGGAUUCAAAUAGAGAACGAAGCGGAAGCGACUACCGGCGAGUUGGAAAGUCAACUUCAGCGUCUUGAUGCUGAUUUGACAAGGAUUCGCUCUGCCCGAGACGAAUUGCUCGCUGAUCUCAGCGUGCGAAAAGCUACACAGGAUCAGGAUCAUGCAGGUAUCGAGCAUUUGAAAGAAUUGGUUGGAGCCAAGGAUGAUCGAAUCAUUUCACUUGAACUUGAAGUCGAACGCUUGAGACAGAUCGCCGAGCAAUCGUGCCAACCAACACCAGGACCGGAAAUAGAUUCCUUGAGUUUAGAAGAAUUGCGAGUCAAGUACGAUCUUCUCCAACAGGGCUAUGACUCGAUCAACAAAGAACUGCCUGCUCUCCAAAGUGCUUACAAGCGGGUUCAGGCCCUGACAAGCAAGAAAGUAAUGGACUUCACGGCUCUAGAAGAAAAGGUUUCGGUUCUAGCGGCUGAAAAGAGCAAGGCCGAUCAAAAAUAUUUCGCGGCUCGAAAGGAUAUGGAUAUUCGUCUCGCGGAAGUCCGGUCCUUAAAAAACCAAAACGCGAAAAGUUCCGAGAUAAUUUCCCAACUCAAGGAUGUGGAGACAUCAGACCGAACGCUCUUAAGCAACAUGGAGAAGCAAUUGAGCGAUAUGAGGCAGUCAAAUACAUCUAUCAUGGCGGAAAACAAGAAGCUGGAGGCAUCAAGUAGAGAGGCUACAAGCAAAUGUGAAAUCCUGAAAAAUCAAGCAGCAGAAUUGACAAACCUUUUGAAAUCCAAGGAUUCCACGAACUCAGGCACCAAGCAGAAGAUUCACGCCGUGGAGCUGGAAAAUGAGCAACUUCGAGUUCGGUGUGAGCAAGCCCAAAAGGACAGAGAUACGUGGAAGCAAAAGAGCUUAAGCAAUCAAUCGGGCGAGGAGGAAAUGCUUAGAGUGAGUUUUAUUAUCAUUGUCUAUUCUGAAUUGUUACUGACACAAAUUAGACUCUUGCACUGUGUACCGUCUGCCGCGCAAACUUCAAGAACACCGUUUUAAAAACAUGUGGGCACCUCUUCUGCAAUCAAUGCGUGGAUGAUCGAAUUGCCAACCGUAUGAGAAAGUGUCCCAAUUGCGCCAAACCUUUCGACAAAUUUGAUGUCAUGACCGCACAUAUGUAAUAUGGAGGUUUUGAUGUCAAACUGAGGACAUUUAUGCCAUUGGGAAGUUGUAUGAUUUUGAAUUCAGGAAGUGCAGCGGAGCGCCGCACUGUGUAUGACUGCACAUUUGAGCGUGGACUUGCUUUUGCUUAAGUGAAAGGGAAUUGGUCCCAUGUAUACCAUGUUUUGUUCAUAAUUCACAUUUUAUUGUGAUGAGAUCUAUCAUUGUUUCUGUCGGGGAUUCCUGAAUGAGAAGCAAAUAGGUGGACUUUGUAUUUUAAAAUAACGAACCCACUGGCCAGGGCAAAGAGUAUGCUCCUUACCCUUGGUUAUUGAUGUGGUCGAGAAGCUGCAGAGCUGGCAGAUCAGAUAGCUUUAAUAGAGAUAAAUACGAUGUUUUAAUGGAUGCUUACCAU